AUGUUGUGCACCCCCACCAUCAGCAAUGUCGCGGUCACCAAGACCCUCAUCGACGGGCGCAUAGGCCUAAAUGUUAUCUCCAUCGGGACCUUCGAGACGCUCCAAGUGCCUUGUGAUCAGCUUAUGCCCACCAGGCCUUUCUCCAGGGUGACGGAUGGAUCCACCAUCCCCCUGGGGCAAGUGAGCCUCCCUGUCACCUUCGGCACCCUCUACAACUACUACACCAAGCUCAUUGAUUUUGACAUGGCGCACAUCGGCCUCCCGUACAACGCCAUCCUGGGCUAUCCGGCGCUCGCCAAUGGCGUCAUCACCAUCGCCUGUGACGAGAAGGAAGCGGUCUGUUCCCUCGAGAGUGGCUAUAAGGCUGCGGCGGCCGAGCACUCUAACGGCGAAGGUGGCGUCACUCCUCCCUAA